AGAAUCAAAAGCGAACAAAAAACAAAAAAUUAAGUUUACUGCUUUCAUCUAAAGGCUGUAAAGAUGAAGACCAAACAUGUUUAGCGCCAACUGUUUAUGAUCUUACGAAACAAAAAUCGACAACACAAACAACAAACAACAAUAACAACACCAUCAUCCAAAAAACUGGUAAAGAAAUUAAGGCAAAAGUCACCAAGAAUACCAUGACUGCCAAAUCAGCUGGUUCAGGUAUACUGACCACAGGUAGAGCCAGCGAAAAGACACUAGCCAAGCCAAAACUAACAGAAGAUCGAGCCAAGACCAAUCCAGCCUCAAGCCAUAAACCGAAUGAACGAACACAGCCUAUCGUGAUGUCAGAAAGUGUGCAGAAACAACUUCAAGAUGCAUUGGACUCACACAGUGAGAUGCAAAAGUCAAGUCCUAAAGAAGACCAUGCCAUUGAACAUCAUGAUAACAUGGACAUAAGUGUUGAUAGACCCAUUCAACGUAUUCAACGACUAAGACCGGCAGCCUCAUUUGCUACUAUGCGUCAAUUAGCCAAUACAAACCAUCAAAAGAUACAACACAUGAAAAAGAGACCUGUUUCGUUUAUGGAUGCUUCUUCUCAAUACGAUGAGAAUGAUGUAUCCGUGCAUCUACUCAGCCAAAGAGCCGGUGUAGAAGAUCAACAGGUACCUUUUUUGAGUGCAUCUCCCUCACCACCUUCCAGUGUGGCUAGCGGCAAUAGUUAUCGAAUACUAUCUCCCUAUGUUCACAAUCUGAUUAUCAAAGAUGGAGAUGGACACCGCAUUAUUCAGUGUGUAGGAAUCGAUGACCAUCCGUCCAGUAUUGAACAUGAUAGGCCUCCACCAGCCGAAAUGACAGACGAAUAUGCCUUCAUGUAUUCAAGGCCACCAUUAGAAGAACCAAAGUUAUGUUGGAUUUAUCAACAACAGGAUGCUCUCGACUCACAUCAUAUCAGAAGCUCAAGUCAAUGUAGACGCAAAGACAGUGUGAAAUCAUUCAGCAGUUUAUCUAGCUAUGACACAAAACUUGAACAAUUAAAAAACAAGCUCGAAAAAGAAAAAGCGACGAUUAAAGCACUUCAAAAGCAGAAAGAAGCUUACAACAAGGAUGUGAUCUUUCUAAGUCAGAAUGUAGAUGAAUUAACAGUGGACAAUAUGGAAUGGAAAAGACAGUUUGAGACUGAAAAGAUACAAAAAGAGCGUCUUCAAGAGGAACUGUCGAAAACAAUGACUCAAUUAGAUAAAGCUACUGAGCACAUCAGACGACUUGAAAGUCAAAACCAAACCUUGAUAUUCGAAUUAAAGAAUAAGGAGUUGGAAGAAAAAGCUUCUCCUGCAUUGGAAGGCGCUGAAAAAGCAUUAGCUACACAACUUCAACAUACACAAAAUCAAGUACGACUAUUAAAGACAGCCAUGGAACAGUUUUUAAGAAUGGGUAUUUUUAGUGAUGCAUUGACUGUGUCUUCUCCUACAAAUUCAACUGAAGCUUUUGUAUCAGAUAUUCAGAAACCACGUCGCUCUAGUUCAACAAAAAAGAACCCAUCAAAACAAACAAACGAAAAAAGACAGAAAGGAUCAAAGACACCACAAAACAAGUUACCACUUUCUCCUCAACCGAGUGAAAACAAAAGUAUCUCUACUGAGGAACUCGAUAUUCAACUUCGAGAACUCGUACGUGAAAAAGAAAUUCUUCAAGCUGAAUAUAGCAAGGCACCCUCAAGUGGUGGCAAUGCACUCCUUCGAAGACGAAGAGAAGAACUAGAAACCAAAUUAGAUAACAUAGACUCUCAAAUGUGCCGAGUCAAACUAAAAAUGAGACAUCGCCAUAUCAUAUAAGUAUUUUUCAUUUCCUUUUUGAAUAAAAAUAAGCUAUCAGACUUGUAGCUCCUUCCUUGCCGUGUUCUUGGAAUAUAGAACAGGCGAGAUCAUCAACUGACAAAAGCUGUUCAGAGAACAACAAUGGCCACACUUCACUCAAAAGAAGGUCUACUGACAAUCAUCGACUAGCUUUGGGAUUGUAUCUAGUUUAGAAAACCUAGAAUUGAAACAUACUGCAUACAGAUCCUGUAGAGUACGGUCACUAAAGAAAACAUAAAUUGCUUACUUU